AAUCAACGAGUCAAUUCCAAGCUUUGUAGGUGAAAUGUCCAGACUAAUCUACUUGAAUCUGAGCAAUAACAGGUUCACUCAGCAAAUUCCAAUACAGUUGGGAAACUUGUUUCAAAUGUCCCAGCUAGAUUUAAGUCAUAACUCACUGGAAGGUAACAUACCAUCAGCAAUGAGCAGGCUGCAGAGCUUGGAGGAUCUGAAUCUAUCCCAUAACAAUCUUUCCGGAAUCAUUCCAACAUCUUUUGCUCAAAUGCCUGGCUUGUUGAACAUUGACAUGUCCUACAAUCAGUUGCAGGGUGCCAUUCCUGACAGCAAAGCAUUUCAAAACGCUUCCUUAGAAGGCAACAAUGGAUUAUGCGGCAAUGUUGUAGGACUGCAACCCUGCAAUCCAUCUUCAGGAAAUAAAAGUACCUCAAACAAGGAUAGAAAGCUAGUGUUUUUAAUUGUUUUCCCUAUUCUGGGAGUACUUUUACUUGCUUUACUAGGAAUUGCCUUGAUAAGAAGAAGAAGAAGAAGCAGGAGACAGAAAUACCAACACGCUGAAGCGAGCUAUGUGCAGAAUUAUGAAGUCUUUGCAAUAGCCAAUUUCGAUGGAAGAAACAUGUAUGCAGAAAUCAUGGAGGCAACGGACAGUUUUGGCACUGCAUAUUGCAUUGGGAAGGGUGGAUAUGGAACCGUCUACAAGGCAAAGCUACCAUCUGGCAGCAUAGUUGCGGUGAAGAAAGUCUAUCCAUUACAUGAUAGUGAGGAGGCAUCUCAGGAGUUUCUGAAUGAGAUAAGGGCACUACUGGAGAUACGACACAGAAACAUUGUGAAACUUCUUGGCUUUUGUUCAAAUGUGCAUCACUCCUUUUUGGUGUACGAAUAUCUAGAAAAGGGAAGCCUCUCUGCAAACUUGAGCAAAGAAUUAGAAGCAAAGAAACUGAACUGGAGUAUAAGAGUGAACAUAGUCAAGGGCGUGGCUCACGCUUUAUCGUAUAUGCAUCAUGAUUGUGUGCUACCUAUUGUGCAUCGAGACAUAUCAAGCAACAACAUUUUGCUGAAUGAUGACUAUGAGCCCUGUGUUGCGGACUUUGGCACUGCCAAGCUUUUAUAUCCAGACUCAUCAAAUUGGACAGCCCCUGCAGGAACAUACGGAUACAUAGCCCCAGAGCUUGCUUUCACAAUGAAGGUAACUGAGAAAUGUGAUGUUUAUAGCUUUGGAGUGCUGGCACUAGAAGUCCUAAUGGGGAUGCAACUGGGUGACUUGGUCUCCUCAAUUCCGAAUCCUUCCGCAAAUGAAAACACGUCGUUGAUUGAUUUGUUGGACCAACGUCUUCCCCCUCCGACAGCUGAUGUGGAAGAUGAACUGAUAACCAUUGCAAGACUAGCAAUCCAGUGCAGACAUUCCCAUCCACAGUCAAGACCAACAAUGCAAAUGGUUUCUCAAGUGCUAUCAUCCCCGAAUACAUACUCCUACCGACAGCAAGACAUUACACUUAAAUCAAUCAUUACCAACUGAUUUGUCCAUUUUCUUUCCAUAUGGCUCGUCAGAGUACAAACAGAUGAUCUUUGUUUAUACCAUAUAUAUAGUGAUUUAUGUACUUCUGUGUUUAUAUCAAAUACAAUAUCUACAUUUCAGGGGUUUCUUUUGGCAGUAAGUUUUGACCCAUCACUAUGUUAGUUCAAUGAGGACCAACUAAGCAAGUACAUAUAUACACAACAUUGCAAUAUAUCUAUCUAUCUUAUUUGAUUCCCCAUAUGAAUUCAGACCCGUGUUCUAUGAUCUGGGCGUUAGAAGUGUAUUGAGUUGAAUCGAAUUCUACAAAGAGAUACGAGAAACGGGAAUGUAAAUACAGGAGAAUUUGAUGAAUAAGUGCAAGUCCUAACUCAUUCGCAAGCAGCUAUGGUGGAGAAGUGGAGAGGGAGCUGCCCUGUUGCUCCGAGAUUUCAUUGUCUUUCCUCAUAGCUGGGAGCUUCUCCCGGUCCCAAACAAAGGUC